AUGGACUAUGCUUCCAUGACGUCCCUGGUGUCGCCGCUCCGCGAGCUGGGAAGGACUAUUCAAGCUGGCAUCGAGGAGUACAUCGCUGAGCUUGAGAAAGCUACGUCCGGGUCAAGCUCCGCCCCAAAGGGGCGGCAGAGCCCAAUCCCGCCACAUUCUGUGUUCGAGGCUCAGAAGUUCUUGAUCAAUGCUACUGGGCGGCUAAACUCUGUUUUACUAUCGCCCAAGGAACAGUUGGUUUUGCUUUCGGCCCAGCACCUCGAGGCUAGAGCGUUACACAUUAUUGCUGCCGCUGAUGUAGCCGGUAUCAUUGAGAGACAGGGUGCAGGAAGGGGGAUGAGCAUUCGAGAUCUCGCGCGAGAGACUGGAUUGGAGGAGGGAAAGUUGGGACGAUUGCUCCGACUUUUGUGCGAUUUGGGCAUUUUCAAGGAGGUCCGAGGAGAUGUCUUUGCCAAUAAUGACACGUCAGUCCUGUUGGCCAGAGAUGAGAAUUUCAAGGCCUGGGUGAUGACUUUUGGGCUUGCGAUGUUCUCUGGGGCAAACGAGUUACCAACGCAUCUCUUAAGCCCCGACGGACGGGGCCACUCGUACGACUCCAGCACGACAGCGCUGGGUCAGUGCCAUCGUUUCAAAGGAGGAGUAUUUCAGUGGAUUGGACAGAAGGUCCGAGUAGAGGAUUUGAAGCAAGGCAGGAACGGCGUUGGCGUCACUCAUGACUGGUGGUCAUCGACCCAUCCGCUGAACGGCUCAUUGAACGGCGCCGGCAACGAAAAAGACGCUGGAAUUAUGAAAGAUGUUAACCACGAUAUGGCUUCGUUGGAGAGUUUCCGCAGUGGAUACCCAGGUGUGUAUGGAACCCUUCUUCGUGACGCGAUCAAGGGUAAGGCCGAUGAUGAGCUCGUGGAAAGACCUGAAAUGAGGGUAUUCAAAAUGGCCAUGGUUGGCGCCGGAGAGCCAGGCCUGAUGGCCGAAUACGAUGACUACCCUUGGUCGUCACUUGGCGAAGCAACUGUGGUCGACGUGGGAUCUGGAGUUGGAGGAUUCUCCCUCCGCCUAUCCAAACUCGUCCCCCAACUCAAUAUUGUGUUGCAAGACCUCGCACCGCUCCUCAAAGAGGCCGAGACCGUCGUCUGGCCCAAGCAGCACCCCGAUGCCAUCUCGCAGAGGAAGGUUCGGUUCGUGCCGCAUGACUUCUUCAAGCCAAACCCAGUCAAGGGAGCUGACAUCUACUACGUGAGGAAUGUCCUCCUUGACUGGGUUGAUGCUGAUGUUGUGUGUAUUCUGGCGAAUUUGAAGGCGAGCAUGGGAACUAACAGCAGGGCGUUGAUCUCGUAA